AGCGAUCCAUCCAAACUUUCACCCUCCGCACCAAUCGCAGCAAUACAGAACCAAGACAUCUGCAUUACCUGUCGGUUUGCCAGUAAGCGUCCAUUACAUGGCACCCAAGAAGAAGACCCAGCAAGGCGCAUCUAGCCGGCCAGCGCCCUCGUCUGAACCGGCGAGACAGCCCCCCAACUGGCCCGCCUUCACUCCUCUCGUACCAGAAGAAGACCUUGCCCUGCAGGAGGUGCUUCACAAGCAGAUCGUCACUAUCCCCAACUUCUUCACGGCGUCACUAUGCAAGACGUACGUUUCCUUCCUGUCGUCACUACCACUGACGACUACGCCCGGAAAGCCUAAGAAAGGUGAUGCGGUGCGCGUGAACGACCGCUACCAGAUUGAUGAUCCCGCAUUCGCUGAACGACUGUGGAGCCAGACCGGGCUAAGAAAGCUGGUCAGCGGAGAUGUUGAGGAAGGGGCGCUUGGUCUCAGUGUAGAACAGCGGAAGGACCUGUGGGGCGGCGAGGUGCUCGGCCUGAACCAGAAUAUUCGCAUCUACAGGUACUCCAAGGGCCAGUUCUUCGAUCAGCAUUAUGAUGAUUCCAAUAAUGUAAUGAUCCAGCCCUCUGGUUCCCAGCCGGUACCAGCGCGUACCACCUGGACCUUGUUAAUAUAUCUCACCUCUCCAGCAACAGGCUGCAUGGGUGGAGAGACGGUGUUUUACCCAGACCUGCCAAGAAAGAAGAGUCGGGAUCCGCCACCUGAGCCCCUCGUUGUCGACCUUGAAGUUGGUCUUGCGCUACUGCAUCGACAUGGCGCAGACUGCAUGCUGCACGAAGGACGUGAGGUCACCGGCGGCGAGAAAUGGGUCAUCAGGAGCGACUUGUGUGUCAAGCGAUGAGUCGUGCUUCUGAGAGACAACGACCCCCAACGGACUCGCCAUCUUCAACGCUAUCCCGGGUGGGCAGAGUUGAUCUUGACAUUCGCAACAACAAGCCAAACUCGCGGAUGUGAAUACAUCUCGCCACAGUCUGUUGCUGUGUGUGUUACCAUGGCCAUUGAGCUACGUGGUUUGCAUGCCA